UCGUUCUUUCUGUUAGAAGUUUGUGAAGCUUAUGGCCAAUUAAAUCACACGAUUCGAGUUGGCUUUUGGCUUUGUAAACAAUCCAGUGGAAAUUUACAACGUAUUGUAAUUUAUUCUUACUGUGAUUAUUUGUGCAAAUAAGCAUAAACGAGGAUUGUGAGAUUUGUUGAUUUUUAAUAAAAUAAUCCGAAUUAGUAUACUGUGCUACCAUCUUUGGAGAAGUAUUGAAAAUGAUGAAUUCUUUUAGAUUUAGAUCAAUAUUCACGAUGUCGAACAUUAAAGAAAUCAAAGCAGCAGUAAGAGAUGAAAUUUCGAAAAAAGUAGCGAAUUUAUCGGCCGAAGAAAGAAACAGGCAAUCGGAAAUUGUCAAACGAAAGUUAUUCGAUUUACCGGCAUUCAAGAAUGCCAAGCAUGUUUCUAUCUACUUGAGUCUCGACACAGAAAUAAACACUGAACCUAUUUUAAGGAAGCUCUUUGAAGAUGGAAAAAGGUGCUUUGUUCCCAGAUAUCGCAAAGCUGGAAUGGAAAUGGUAGAAUUACAUUCCAUGGAUGACUGGAAUACUCUACCAGUAACUAAGUGGAAUAUCAAACAACCUUCAUUUAAAGAUCAAAGAGCUGAUGCUUUGGAUUUAGGUCUAGAUUUGAUAAUAGUACCGGGAGUCGCUUUCAGUCCCACUGGCAACAGAUUAGGCCACGGAGCCGGUUACUACGACAAGUAUUUGUCCAAAAUAAGCAAACAAUUCGAUAAAUUUCCCAUCUUGAUUGCUCCUGCGUUCAAAGAGCAAGUUAUCGACAACGUACCAACCGAAGAGACUGAUCACAAAAUCGAUGUAAUUUUACACGCCGAUUAAAAGCAUAAAAUAAUAAAUUUUU